UCAUCUCAAUUUGUUUAUGACAGUUAAUGUUUUAAAAAUACCAUGGUAUAAUAAGAAAUGUUAUGUUCGGCUUAAUGGGGAACUGUAUGACAUGGGCAAAAGGGGAAAGCGAGAGAAAGUGUGUGACCCUGCUUGCUGUUGGUCUUGAUAAUGCAGGAAAGACGACAACCGUUCAUGGGGUCAAAGGUGAAGCAAACACGGACGUUGCACCAACAAUGGGAUUUUCCUCCGUGGAUUUACGCUCUGGAAAAUUUAAUAUAAAAAUUUUUGAUCUCGGUGGGGGAGCUAAGAUACGUGAUAUAUGGCAUAAUUACAUGGCUGAAGCUCAUGGAAUAAUCUUUGUCGUCGAUUCAGCGGAUGUAGAAAGAAUGGAGGAAUGUAGGGAAAUAUUUGAUAACCUUAUUUCUGAUAAUCGAUUGUGUGGAAAACCGGUUUUAAUACUUGCAAAUAAGCAAGAUAAACCUCAAGCGAUGGAUGAAUUGGAUAUAUGUAAUCGACUAAAUCUUGAUGAAGUCGUUAAUCGCAAUGAAUCUUUUUCCAAAGUUGUGCUCUGCUCUGCGUUACCAAUGUCAGGUCGAAAGAAGAUUCGGAAACCGAAAUUAGAUCGUGGAAUUAAGUCUGGUUUUGUGUGGCUUUUAGAUGUAAUAGGGAAAGAUUUUAAUGUUCUUCAAGAGAGAAUUACAAAAGAUGUUGAAGAACAAAAGAUACGCGAAGGAGAAGAGAGACGUUUAAGAAUUGAACGUGUAACACGGAUUCGGGAGGAACGUGAAAGACUCCAAAAUGAAAACGCUGAUGCUUCAGGCGAUCGUCCUAGACCAGAAGGAAUUUCUUACCAAGAAUUGCCAAAUGAUUCAUCACCGACAACUGUGGUUACACCAAGACAAGAUGUUGCUCAAAAUCUAUCUUCUACGCAUGCAACAUCUGGACUCGGCGGUUUUCUCAUGGAUGACGACUCGGAUGAUGAUGAAGUCGUAACUGCCGUACAAAGUGCUCGCUCAGACGUGACGGCUGUCAAUUUACCUGGAGCCAUUGUAACCAGUACUGUUUUCUCUGAAACAGCAAAUCAGCAAAAUCAGAUUUCUUCUGAAUUUGAUGAUGGAAAUGGUGACAAUGAUGGUAACGGGGCAAUGGAUAAUCCACGGUCACUUAGUGCGGCCAGUUUACGAGAUAUUGUCAGAGACGUCCCCACUCCAGUUUAUGAAGUAUCCCAGGAAUCGUUAAGGGACAGUACAACUACGACGCCAGUUCUUAAGCAUAAAUCUAUUGUUGAAAUGCAAGGAAAUAAUGAUACUGGAAGUACUGGGAGUCCAGAUCUUGAAAAAAUAACAAAGAAAGAAAAAAAAGCGGAAAAAGAAAAUAAAAUUGACCCUGGCGCGGAAGAAAUCAUAUCAGAACACUCUUUCCAAUCCGGUUCUAUCCCAGGAAGGUUGACCCCUAUUAAAAACGUAUCAGAAUUGGGAGGUAAUGGGUUAGGAAAAUUGCCUCCUCUGAGAAAUCUUCCUAAUUUUGAUUCUGAUGUUGAAGUUUGAAAUAGCACUUUUAUCAAAGCUGCGGUAUUGAGCAUAUAAGUAUAUAUACAUAUUAUUGUCUGAUGUAGGCAAUCCCUCACAUUAGAGGAAAAAUUACUAUAUUGUAAUUUGCUUGGCUUAAAAUGUUAGCCAUUCCACGCUGAGAAAAUUUUAUUUUGAAUCACCUUAAUAUUUUACUAGAAUUUAACUAUCCACUAGAAAUUCUUUUGCAUAUCAUUUUCACUGCAAUCAAGAUGUUAUUAAUAUAUCCUACAAAUCGUAAUAGCAUAUGUAACUCAAUUCAAUUUCCCAUAGAAUUUUUAUCAGCGAAGUACCUAUAUACCCAUUACAGAAAAUCUAUUUUAAAUUAUGAAUUUCAUUUCAGAGGGUGUACGGGUUCAAUGUUUGAUCUAAUUUGGGAUUUAUUUUACUGUAAUAUACUUUGAUGUAUCGGCAUAUCUGGUAAAAUAAACUAGUCCUUUGCUGUAUAUUUUUGCUGCUAUGCCCUUUAGAUAAUAUUCAAGUAAAAUCUGACCACAAUGUUUUUCUCAAUCACAGAAAACUCUAAAUGUAGAGAAAGUGAAAAGGACCAACUCUCCAACCGAUACUUUUUUGCUUGCUUGAAUUAGGGUUGGGUUACAUAGGAAUUGAAACAGGGACAGGAUCAAAUUUAUUUUAAAAAUCUUGGAGUCCAUACGUCUUUUUUAGUUAUUACCAAGACCAUUAUUUUUCAAUGUGACACUCGUUUAUGUGUAGCAGCGGUUCCUCAUCGGGGGCCCAGUGCACUUGGAGGGGCCCACCAUACUAGGCACAGAAUUGAUUUUACUGUGAUUUUGUUUACCUACUUUUCCAUUUAUGAGAAAUUUCCUGAUUCUCCCCAGUUUCAUUACCUGAAACGGUUAAAUCCAGUCACAAGGUGUUUUCGCUGCCAUGUGUGUAUGAGUUGUUUAUCAUAAUGGUUAACAGAGAACCACUGUUGUAUAGUCUGUUUUACUGCCUUCAUGGUCAAUUCUAUUUUUAUCAUAUGAUGAGUCUUGAUGAUCAUCAAAUUGGUGGUCUGUUCUUUGUCAUUGAUUAUUUUAUCCAACAAUUAUGAUCAAAAAAUCAAUUUGUUUGCGGUCGGAUUUUCAGACUGACUGAUGUGUUUGCCGAUAAGUAUCUGUGCUCAAAAUAAGACUCUAGGCAAGCAACAACUUAAACAUAGCAAGCACAUGGAAAUCUGGAGUGUUCAGUUUUUUAUGGCUUGUUAUGAUGCCCUAUUUAAACCUCAACUUUAUUUAAGACCUUUGUUCAAGAGCUGAGCCCCUGAGACCUAAAAAAGCUGCAAUUUUUGUAAAGCUCAGAAUCUCAAUACACCAGCAUUGAUGCAACAAUUUAUUACAUACUAGGUGUUGUAGUUGUCAUGGGGGUCUUAAACCCAGAGUUUUCGACCUUCACACACAACACAAUUGUGUUAAAAUGAGGUGCAACCGCACCUUAAAGUAAAUUCAUUAUCUGUAUGUAAUAGGAGGUUAUUGUACAUCAGUCAUAAGUGGAUGUUUAUACAUAGCGUUGUUUGAAAAAAGCGUGAAAAAUCAUAGUUUAAAAAUGUGGACAUAGACUGGCUAUUUCAUCAAUGUUCAAGUUUCUUAAAGUGUUCUACAAUGCUUUAAUUCAUAUACAAUUCUAUUUGCUUCUCUGGAAAAUGUGGAUACAGAGUGACUAAUUUUUUUAUAUUUAUGUUUGUUAAAUCCUUUUUGCGAUGCUCCAAUUCAUAUCUCUGAGAAAUGAGCGAUCGAAUGUUAUUCAUAUUAAAUUUUUAUCCGGUACAUUUAUAAGUAAUCAAACAUAGUAUUGAACGUUCUAUUUGCUUCUCUGAAAAAUGUGGAUACAGAGUGACUAAUUUUUUUUAUAUUUAUGUUUGUUAAAUCCUUUUUGCGAUGCUCCAAUUCAUAUCUCUGAGAAAUGAGCGAUCGAAUGUUACUCAUAUUACAUUUUUAUCCGGUACAUUUAUAAGUAAUCAAACAUAGUAUUGAACGUCAUCUUCUAAUUCAUCACCCCUUGUCUGGUACAUGUACAUUCACCAUUGCUACAUGGCAAGUAGGAAAGGAAGUAUCAUCAUAUUAUUCCUAGUAUAACAAACCCAUUUAAUCUGCACGUUAUUUACAAUGGGAAAUUUUUCAAAGAUAAUUAUGCAAUUGAAAUACAGUAUUUAUCUUUUUCUGUAUUUGGUGCUCUUGUAUUUUCAUGUUUCAUUCUUUAUUACUGGUUUUAGCGUUUUGUUCAGUUUUAUAGUUCAAUGUUUUUUAGUAUUUCUAUGGAAAUUGUGUUUUAUUGUAUUGGCUAAUAAAUGAUAUUUUUGUUAG